AUGACUGGUGGCGUCGUAAGCGCUACUAUGGCUCCUGCCCUGUUGACCACAGCUUCGGUCGCCCAGACUGUGGCUCGCAGUAGCUGCUCCACGCACGCCCCAGCUGCCACGUGCUGCGGUGGGCGCGUGCCACCACCAACCGGCCCUUCCCCUAAGGCUCGAUCUCCUUCCGUGCGACACGAAACUCUGACCCUUACGGACGCGGGGACCACAACCCACCUGCUCUCCCCGACACAUGGAGGCCACCCUGCUUCGCAGGCUCGUGUGUCAGUCGAUGGAUACGUCGGUAUCGGGAAGAUGGCCGAGGACCUCGUUUUCAAUUUUAGCCCCGUGUUCUGGUCUUAUCCCGACGCCGAAUGGACCAACCUCACGAUGAAAAGCAUGCGGAUCAAAGAAUGCCGUCUCAUGCAUUCCCUAUGGAAGCGCUCAUCUCGAACGGCGUCUGUCCGUGGGACUUCGUGCAACGAAGACCGUUCUGCAUCCGACAAUAGCCUGGUGUUCGUGCAGAACUAA